GCGGCGGCGGCGGCGCGCAGAGACGCAGAGCGGCAGCGGCAGCAUGUCGGCCGGCGGAGCGCCAGUCCCGCCGCCCCCGAACCCCGCCGUGUCCUUCCCCGCGCCCCGGAUCACCCUGCCCGUCGGCCCGGACAUCCUGCGGACCUACUCGGGUGCCUUCGUCUGCCUGGAGAUUCUGUUUGGCGGCCUCGUCUGGAUUCUGGUCGCCUCCUCCAACGUUCCUCUACCUCUGCUACAAGGAUGGGUCAUGUUCGUGUCUGUGACGGCUUUUAUCUUUUCCCUCCUCUUCCUGGGCGUGUUCCUCUCUGGCAUGGUGACUCAGAUUGAUGCCAACUGGAACUUCCUGGAUUUUGCAUAUCAUUUUACGGUGUUUGUCUUCUACUUUGGAGCCUUUUUACUGGAAGCGGCAGCCACAUCCCUGCAUGAUCUGCGCUGCAAUAUGACCAUGGCCGUGCAGCCGCUCUUGAGCGAUAACCAGUAUAACAUAAACGUAGCAGCCACGAUUUUUGCCUUUGUGACGACAGCCUGUUAUGGUUGCAGUUUGGCUCUGGCUUUACGAAGAUGGCGACCGUGACACUCCUUAGAAACUAAUGGUCCAUGUGUUGGUUUCAUUUGUCUACUUUAUGUGUCUGAUCAAUUUGGAUACCAUUUUGUCCAAAUAACCUUCCAAAAGCAAUUUGUUUAUAUAUAGAGAGAACCUAAGGACAGAUUUUGGUUCAUUUCUUGGAUGGAAUUUUAAUUUUAUUAUGAUGUUGAACAGAGAAGUAGCCUUUAAUUCUAUAUCUGCCACUUUCCUUUUUUAAGAAAAUUUUCCCUCAUAUCCAUAAAAUAUACCGAUAUUGUUCAUGAAAAAGGGGUAUCUCUUUUGUUUGGUUAUUGAGUCACCUAAACCUUAAUUUUACUAGGUAACUAACAUUUCCUAAGGAAAAAAAAAAAAGACACAUUUUAAAUAAUCUUCCCACUGAACUCUAUGUCUUUUAGUGUAAAACAGAGGUUGGCACUGUUUUUCUCCAAAGGUCCAGAUGGUAAAUAUUUUAGGCGUUGUGGGUCCUGCAGGCUGUGCUGCAGCUGCUCAGCCUUGCUGGUACUUUGUGAGAGCAGCUGUAGACCACACACCAGUGAGUGAGCGUGCCUGGGUUCCAGCAAAACUUCAUCGCAAAGACAGGCAGCAAGCUGGAUUUGGCCCGUGGGCUGUGGGUUAUAGUUUGCCAACCUCUGGUAUAAACCUUAGCUCUAUGUUAUGUAUUUAAUUGAACUGAAUGGAAGCUAUAAAACUAGAUAAGCCACAUAAUAUUUAGCCUCAUUAUGCAAUAAUCAUAUCACCUUUGUGUUAAUGGUCAAGUGCUUACCCUUGAGGUGGUGGAUCGUUGCUCAAGCUAAUCCAAGCAGAGUCUUGGGUACAAGAAAAACUAAUUUAUGAACUAAAUCCUAGUUGUCCAAUCACACCAAGGAUUGCUUAACAAUUGAGCAAACCUGUCAUCCGGCAUUCUUACAGUGACAUCCCCAGAGACCAUUCACCUCUAUUGGAACUGGUCUCUGCCUACUUCUGUCUUCCUUUGCACUUAUUUAUGCUUCAGAAUACAGCACGAACAUGGGAAUAUCCGUGUGUGGAUAUGUGAGGCUCUACCAAAUAGAGUUCCCUGAAGAGUUAACAUUUGUCUUCUCAUUCGUUUACGUUACUUUGAGUUAAAUUUCAGUGGAGUACUAAAUAUAACUUAAAGUUGUAACUUCUUAUGUGUUUUGAUAGUAGCCCCUACAUCUCUGUUGGUUUGUUUGCAUUGGUGACAGAUGUACAGAAUCCAUUUUAAAAACCAUCGUUGUCAUAACAACGUAUCUCUGGCUGAAUUGCACAGAAAAUAUUUGAAUUCAUCGGUUAGAGGUACCCUGGGUGUGGCAAGUGCCGAAAUGGCUUGAAUGGGAAGACAAGUACGAGUCAGGGCCCAGCUGCCCCCACGCAUCCCAGCAGGAGGCUUAUGUCACGCCCAGGAAAGAGGGCUUCUGAGAGUUCUAAAUUUUCACCCCUUUGCUUUUUUGGCUGAAUCGUCCCCUAAGAAUGCCAUGUAUAAGUCGUGCUGUUAGAUUUCAUGGGAACAUAGAACAGUCCUGAAUGAAUAACAUGAUCGAAGCUCAGUGAUCAGACGCUGCUUCUAUAAUAGUCUCCUAGAAAGAAGACUCUUAAUCGAGUUUGGUUUGUGACCUAAAGAGGUGGUUCAAUAUGUGGCAAGAAGAAAUCAUUCUUACGAUGUUAAACUUGUGUUGUAUUUCUCCUGUAAUACCUGACUUCCGUGGUUUUUCUAGCACCACACCACCCACUCACACCUGUAUUGUGAAUUGUAUAUAACAAAGUCAUAAAUGUGCCAUAAGGAUAUAUAGUCUAUUCAAGAUGGAAUCAUUUAAAGUUAGUGUGCUAGAUAUAGUUGUGAGAUUUUAUUUUUGUUUCCAAAGUAUAACAGGUUCAUGGUUGGUGGCAUUAAAUUAAACGAUUUCAUGAAAUGGCUUUGGUGGCACUUUUGUAAAUGGGUUGCUUCUAGAUCACUAAGAACCAAGCCUAAAACUCAUCUGACUGUGAAUUCUUAUAUUUUUAGAUUAAUCGUGUUCUGGAUUUGUGAACUGAGUGACAAAGCACUUGAACAAAAAUUAUGGCAUUUGAGAAUUUCUUUAUAUAUGCUGUAGAAAUGAGAACGUGUUGGUUGGUUUUAAAAUCUGGUAACUCCAGGAUGAAAAGAAAUUUAUUUUAUAAGUGUUAUGACUCUAAUAAAGUAUUCAUUUGAUAACCUU